AUGGAGCGUUCAUACUCCAAACAUUGUAGGUGCGACGAAGGACAAUUAUUUUAUUUCAAAAUGGGGCAGAAUGCUGGUAUUUAUUCCAAGAUUAUGGUAGAUGGAGCCAAAUGCGAAUGGAUGAAAAUUUGUACUAAUGGACAACAAGGGGUUAAACGAAAAAGAUAUCACUGUUAUGACACAGACCUUAUCAACGUCUAUGUGCGAAAUGGCUUUGUAGUAAUGCCUGGCGCCCCGAACGGUUUUCCUAUACGACUUGUGAAAAGCACGAAAGAUGUUAAUUCUCCGAAGAAGUUAUCAUCACGGCCUACCCAAAUUGGAUUCGAUUACGAUGGAGAGAGGGUGAGUUGA